CCUUUGGUCCCUGUCUGACUUUACACGACCCCCGCGGGGAAGGUUACGCAUUCUUCUUACUUUUUGAUCUUGAUUUUGCGAAAUUUUUCUUCUGAAAGUUUUUCCUUUGUUCAUUUGAGUGGAAAAGUCAUUUCUCAUCGCUGGGGAAAAACGCUUCCGCACCAUGAUCUCUGGAAUCGCUCACGUCAAUCUCACCAUUCCGAGCGGCGGUCUUGAAGCGGCUCGAGAAUUCUACGCUGGCACUUUGGGAUUCACACCCCGCCCGGUGCCGCAAUUACAAAAGGACACAUUGGCGUGGUUCGACAUUGGUACGUCGGGACAACAAGUCCACAUCGCCAUCGGGGCGCCCACCGAUUUCCAAUCGACCAGUUCCAGACACCCUUGUUUCAAACUCCAGAGUCCCGAGGCGCUCCUGGAGUUGAGGAGGAAGAUAUGGGAACAUUUCCAGCGCGGUGGCGACGGUGCUCCCAAGGCGGCGGAUAAGCCGGGGGAAGAAGAUAGUGGUUCGAAAGGAGUCGAAUAUCCACAACGAUUCUUUGCGAGAGACUUUGCAGGUAAUAGGUUGGAGUUCAGCCUGUGACGACCGACGAUCAACGCAAGAGCCUAAGUUUUGGGCAUGUGUCUGUGUCACGACGUAAAAGAGAGCAUGACGAGGACUCGGAGGACCAGCGAAAGAAAUGCCACAAAGAGGACCAAGAUAUUGAAUCCGUAUAUAUUUCGCCACCAGCACCAGCACUCCCAAUUUUAAGAAACCAAUCUGCU